AUGGCGAUGGCCGCGGCCCGAUGGGGUGGGGGAUACCCGGGCGGAGGGGACGACGCGUGGGGACGCGGGGAGGCGGAGAGCGAGGGCGUGUGGGAGCGCGUGGUGUACCAGGCCGACGACAGGGGCGCGCUGGAGCGCCUCAUGAAGCGCAAGGGCGCGGCGGGUGGACGAAAUGCCGCGGGCCCGAAGCCUUUGAUUGGUGAACCACAAGCCGCUGGUGCUGCACUUGGAGAGUCAGCAGCGACCAACAGGGGCGUGUCAGGAGUGAAAUUUGGGUGGCAGGGUUUGGUAGCAUCCGACGUGGCAGUGAAGGAAAGAGGUGACACGUGGCAGCGGGCCAAAUGGGGGCUGCGAUGGUUCGACUCGCCCACUGCUGAUGACUGGGAGGACGGCUUCCCCGACGACCACGUGGACGCGCAAGCUGCACCCCAGGCUGCAGAUGCGGCAAGGGAGGCUGCUCGCAAUGGGAGAGAGGGGGACGAAGCACGGGAGGCAGCGCAGGAGGGAGGGCGCGAGGGGGAGGGCGGGCAGGGGGAGUACAGCAGGUGCGUGGCGGAGGGGCUGCUGGCGCGCCUCUCCUUCAUGCCCGCCCCACACCCGCCGCCACCACUGCCACCGCUGCACCCACCAGCACUGGUGCCCGCCGCAUCGCCCCUACCUGCACCCCAGCCGUGUGAGCCAGCCGCUCAGCCUGGGCUCUCCACCCGCCCACCUGUACCUGCCCGCCCUCCCCCUGCCGCUCCGUGCCCUCCCUCACCACUACCUGCACCCCCGGCAGCACCACGUGCACCUGUUGCCAUGACUGCUGGUGCCAUGGCAGCAGCAGCACCCAUCAUCCCGCCGACCACAGGUGGCAAAUCAGCGCCUAGCCUGGCCUCCCUGCUGCCUCCGCCCCUUCCCCAUCCCGCCUCCUCCUCCCCGCCCGUCACAGCAUCACAGGGAGGGCGGCAGGUGGCGGGCAAGGCUUCAGCGGGGCGUGCGAGGCAGGAGAUGCAGGGACAGGCUUGGGAGGAAGGGCAGGGACAUUCGGAGGGGGGCGAGAGGGAGGGCAGCAGGGGAGGAGCAGCGAUGGGCGGGUUGGCGCAGCAGCUGCUGCAGCUGACAGGCGCACCUCCGCCCCUGGCGCAUGGGGGGAAGGGGAGAGGCGGGCGGUACCGUGGGAAGAAGGAGAAGGUGCGUGCUUGA